GAAAUGGCACCUCGUAAGGGCAAGGAGAAGAAGGAAGAACAGGUCAUCAGUUUGGGACCUCAGGUUGCUGAAGGAGAAAAUGUGUUCGGUGUCUGCCAUAUCUUUGCUUCCUUCAACGACACUUUCGUCCAUGUGACUGAUCUCUCUGGCAAGGAAACCAUCUGCCGUGUGACUGGUGGCAUGAAGGUGAAGGCGGACAGAGACGAGUCUUCUCCCUACGCUGCUAUGCUGGCGGCCCAGGAUGUUGCCCAGAGGUGCAAGGAACUGGGCAUCACUGCCCUGCACAUCAAGCUGCGUGCUACCGGUGGGAAUAG